AAACUUGUUACGAUCGAUCCAUGUCUGCUGUUCCUACACACGCUGGCUCUUGGCGUUCUUUAGAAACACCUUUAAGUGAUGCCAUUUUGGCUACUUUAGAUACUAUGGGCUUUGAGACCAUGACACCUGUUCAAUCAGGUGCGAUCCCUUUGUUUAUGAAGAAUAAGGAUGUGGUUGUUGAAGCAGUAACAGGUUCCGGUAAAACCUUGUCAUUUGUCAUUCCCAUCCUUGAGAAACUCCUUCGACGAGAAGAUCCAUUGAAGCAUCAAGAGAUUGGUGCUGUUGUGAUCACACCUACUCGAGAAUUAGCACAACAGAUCCAUACUGUUUUUCAACUGUUUGCACAAGAUCAUGAGCGUCAAGAUCAGAUACGACUAGGCCUGUUUAUUGGUGGUACGACUUCUUUAGCAGAAGACAUGGCAUCGUUUAAAAAGAACCAUCCUCGCAUCUUGAUUGGUACACCAGGUCGAUUAGAGGAACUACUCACAAAAUCAAACCAACUUGUCAAUACAAAAGAACUGGAAGUGUUGGUCAUGGAUGAAGCAGAUCGAUUGUUGGAUAUGGGAUUCUCAAAACAACUGUCGACGAUCAUUGCUCAGCUCCCUAAACAACGUCGAACAGGCUUAUUCUCUGCUACCAUGACAGACGCUAUUUCUGAAUUGGUCAGAGCAGGUCUUCGAAACCCUGUCAGAAUUGUAGUCAAAGUAGAAGACUUGAACAACAAGGGCAAUGUACAACGUACACCUUCUACGCUUGAUAUUGACUAUCUUGUAUGCGACGCGGAUCAAAAACUGUUACAGAUGACACGUAUCUUGGCAUUUGAACUAGCCAACGACGAAGGUGCUCGUAAAUUCAUUGUGUAUUUCGCUACGUGUGCCAUGGUCGAUUAUUUCUACAAGAUCCUGUCUCGUCUUGAACAACUCAAGCCAUUCUCAUUCCAUUCACUUCACGGACAGAUGGACACCAAGCGUCGAUCAGCGACCUAUACAGCAUUUACAGAACUAUCGCCUGCUGUUCCAGCUGUCUUGUUAUGUACCGAUGUCGCUUCUCGAGGUUUAGAUAUCUCGGAUCUCGAUUAUGUCAUUCAGCUCGACUCGCCUCAAGAUCCCAAAGCCUUUUCGCAUCGUUGUGGACGUGCAGGCCGUGCAGGACGAAAAGGACGUGCUACUGUGAUUUUGAUGCGCGGCAGAGAAGAGGUCUAUGUAGAUUUCCUCAAGUUGCGCAAGAUUCCUUUACAACGUCGACCUUAUAUCCUGCCUGAUUUGACGACAGUCGAUAACAGUCUGGCGAAUGACGAGAAAGCAACGUCUGUUCAAAUAGAAGAUGAUGGAUUACCAGUAUUUAUUCAACAAAUACGUUCGAUUGUCAAGACAGAUCGUGACUUGCAUGAUAGAGCCAUGAAGGCCUUUGUCUCUUGGGCAAGAGCCUACAGUAAGCAUGAAGCAAGCUAUAUUUUCCGUAUCAAGGAUCUUGAUUUAGGACGAUUGGCUAUGGGUUAUGGGUUACUCAAACUGCCUAAAAUGCCUGAACUCAAGACACAACAAGACAUUGCAUUUACAGAAGAAGAGAUGGAUUGGGAUCAUUUUAAAUACACGGACAAAAUGAGAGAAGCAAAACGGUUAAGAGAACUGAAAGAAUACCAAGAGAAAUCCAAGCAACAAACAAAACCUGUCAAGAAGACCAAAAUGGCCUGGUCUGAUAAAAUAGAGGCUAAAGAAAGGAAACAAGUCCGUAAAGAAAAGAAACAGGCUAAAAAGGAAUAUCUCAAGAAACAAGCUGAAAAAGAGAUCGUAGACAAAAAGAGACAGUUACAAGAAGAACAAGAAGAUCUUGAUGAAUUAGAAGAAGACUACAAGAAAGUGAAAAAGGCCCGUUCAAGUAAAAACACUGCUUUUGAUGAAUUGUUUUAAUAAAGAAAAUGUUACCAUAC